AUGAACACGCCUUCUCAGCCCCGCCAGCACUUCUACCCUAGCCGGGCCCAGCCCCCGAGCAGUGCAGCCUCCCGAGUGCAGAGUGCAGCCCCUGCCCGCCCUGGCCCAGCUGCCCAUGUCUACCCUGCUGGAUCCCAAGUAAUGAUGAUCCCUUCCCAGAUCUCCUACCCAGCCUCCCAGGGGGCCUACUACAUCCCUGGACAGGGCCGUUCCACAUAUGUUGUCCCGACACAGCAGUAUUCUGUGCAGCCGGGAGCCCCAAGCUUCUACCCAGGUGCAAGCCCUACAGAGUUUGGGACCUACGCUGGCGCUUACUACCCAGCCCAGGGUGUGCAGCAGUUUCCCACUGGUGUGGCUCCCCCACCUGUUUUGAUGAACCAGCCACCCCAGAUUGCUCCCAAGAGGGAGCGGAAGACAAUCCGAAUUCGAGACCCAAACCAAGGAGGGAAGGAUAUCACAGAGGAGAUCAUGUCUGGGGCCCGAACUGCCUCCACACCCACCCCUCCCCAGACGGGAGGCGGUCUGGAGCCUCAGGCUAAUGGGGAGACACCCCAGGUUGCUGUCGUCGUCCGGCCAGAUGACCGGUCGCAGGGAGCAAUCAUUGGGGAGCGGCCAGGACUACCUGGCCCAGAGCACAGCCCUUCAGAAUCCCAGCCUUCAUCACCUUCUCAAACCCCAUCACCACCCCCAGUCUUGGAACCGGGAUCUGAGCCUAAUCUCACAGUCCUGUCUGUUACUGGGGACACGAUGACAAUGGGGAUGAUACAGACGUCUGUAGAAGAAUCAACCCCCACGCCCCCUGAAACUGGGGAGCCAUAUUGCCUCUCUCCAGAACCCACUCCCCUCGCUGAACCCAUAUUGGAAGUAGAAGUGACGCUGAGCAAACCAGUUCCAGAGUCUGAGUUCUCUUCCAGUCCUCUCCAGGUUCCCAGCCCCCUGGCAUCUCACAAGGUGGAAAUUCUUCCUGAGCCUAAUGGCGCGGUCCCAUCUGAGAAUUUGGAACCAGAGGUGGAGUCAAGCCCAGAGCUUGCCCCUCUCCCUGCUCCGGCUUGUCCCUCUGAAUUCCCCAUGCCUGUUGCUCCAACUGCCCAACCUGAGGAACUACUCAACGGAGCCCCUUCACCACCAGCUGUGGACUUAAACACAGUCAGUGAACUAGAGGAACAGGCCAAGGAGGCUACAGUGUCGGUGACUCCCCCCACUGUCCUUUCUGCUACCCCAGCUCUGGCUCCUCCAGUGGCUUCCCCUGCUCAGGAGGAGGACAUGCAGGAGGAGGAAGAAGAGGAAGAGGAAGGAGAAGCUGAGGGUGAGAAGGGAGGAGAGGAACCUCUCCCCCCAGAGAGCACCCCUGUCCCAGCCCACCUGCCCCAGAAUUUGGAGGUGGCAGUAGCCACCCAAGUGGCAGUGUCUGUGCCAAAGCGGAGACGGAAAAUUAAGGAGCUCAGUAAGAAGGAGGCUGUAGGAGACCUUCUAGAUGCCUUCAAGGAGGCGAACCCAGGGGUACCAGAGGUGGAAAAUCAGCCUCCUGUAGGCAACAAUCCCAGCCCAGAGCCUGAGGGCAGCAGUGUGCCCCUGCGGUCUAAGGAAGGAGAGGAGACCUGGGACUCAAAGGAAGACAAGAUUCAAAAUGCAGAGAACAUCCAGCCAGGGGAACAGAAGUAUGAAUAUGAGUCAGAUCAGUGGAAGCCUCUAAACCUUGAGGAGAAAAAGCGUUAUGACCGAGAGUUCCUGCUUGGCUUUCAGUUCAUCUUUGCCAGUAUGCAGAAGCCUGAGGGAUUGCCCCACAUCAGUGACGUCGUGCUGGAUAAGGCCAAUAAAACACCAUUGCGACCGCUGGACCCCUCCAGACUUCAGGGCAUAAAUUGUGGCCCAGACUUCACUCCGUCCUUUGCCAACCUUGGCCGACCAGCCCUUAGCAACCGUGGGCCCCCAGGGGGUGGGCCAGGUGGGGAGCUACCCCGAGGGCCGGCUGGCCUGGGACCCCGGCGAUCUCAGCAGGGCCCCCUAAAGGAACCACAGAAGAUCAUUGCCACAGUGUCAAUGACCGAAGAUAUAAAACUGAAUAAAGCAGAAAAGGCCUGGAAACCCAGUAGCAAGCGGACGGCAGCUGAUAAGGACCGAGGAGAAGAGGAUGCUGAUGGCAGUAAAACCCAGGACCUGUUCCGCAGGGUGCGCUCCAUCUUGAAUAAACUGACACCCCAGAUGUUCCAGCAGCUGAUGAAGCAGGUGACACAGCUAGCCAUCGAUACCGAGGAACGUCUCAAAGGGGUCAUUGACCUCAUCUUCGAGAAGGCCAUUUCAGAACCCAACUUCUCCGUGGCCUAUGCCAACAUGUGCCGCUGCCUCAUGGCGCUGAAAGUGCCCACUACAGAAAAGCCAACAGUGCCUGUGAACUUCCGAAAACUGUUGUUAAAUCGAUGUCAGAAGGAGUUUGAAAAAGACAAAGAUGAUGAGGAGGUUUUUGAGAAGAAGCAAAAAGAGAUGGAUGAAGCUGCUACGGCAGAGGAACGGGGACGCCUGAAAGAGGAGCUGGAAGAGGCUCGAGACAUAGCCCGGCGGCGCUCGUUAGGGAAUAUCAAGUUUAUCGGGGAGCUGUUGAAACUGAAGAUGUUAACAGAGGCAAUCAUGCAUGACUACCUGGACUUUGAAAAGGCCAAGCCCCGGAUGGAUCAGUAUUUCAACCAGAUGGAAAAAAUCAUUAAGGAAAAAAAGACUUCAUCCCGGAUCCGCUUUAUGCUGCAGGAUGUGCUAGAUCUGCGAAAGAGCAACUGGGUGCCACGCCGAGGGGACCAGGGUCCCAAGACAAUUGACCAAAUCCACAAGGAAGCUGAGAUGGAGGAGCAUCGGGAGCACAUAAAAGUGCAGCAGCUAAUGGCCAAGGGCAGCGACAAGCGUCGGGGUGGCCCUCCAGGCCCACCCAUCAGCCGUGGCCUUCCACUUGUGGAUGAUGGUGGCUGGAACACAGUACCCAUCAGCAAGGGCAGCCGCCCUAUUGACACUUCUCGACUCACUAAGAUCACGAAGCCUGGCUCCAUCGAUUCUAAUAACCAGCUGUUUGCACCUGGAGGUCGAUUGAGCUGGGGCAAGGGUAGCAGUGGAGGCUCCGGAGCCAAGCCCUCCGAUGCAGCAUCAGAAGCUGCUCGUCCAGCCACUAGUACCUUGAAUCGCUUCUCAGCCCUUCAACAAGCAGUACCAACAGAAAGCACAGAUAACAGACGAGUGGUGCAGAGGAGUAGCUUGAGCCGGGAACGAGGUGAGAAAGCUGGGGACCGGGGAGACCGCCUAGAGCGGAGUGAAAGGGGAGGUGACCGUGGUGACCGGCUUGAUCGCGCGCGAACACCCGCCACCAAGCGGAGCUUCAGCAAGGAAGUGGAGGAACGGAGUAGAGAGCGGCCCUCUCAGCCUGAUGGACUGCGCAAGGCAGCUAGCCUCACGGAGGAUCGGGACCGCGGGCGGGAAGCUGUGAAGCGAGAAGCUGCCCUCCCUCCGGUGAGUCCCCCGAAGGCUGCGCUGUCUGAAGAGGAGCUGGAGAAGAAAUCUAGGGCCAUCACUGAGGAGUACCGCCAUCUCAAUGACAUGAAGGAGGCAGCGCAGUGCGUGCAGGAGCUGGCCUCGCCCUCACUGCUCUUCAUCUUUGUGCGGCACGGCAUCGAGUCCGCACUGGAGCGCAGCGCCAUUGCGCGGGAGCACAUGGGCCGGCUGCUGCACCAGCUGCUCUGUGCCGGGCACCUCUCCACUGCUCAGUACCACCAAGGGCUGUAUGAAAGUCUAGAGUUGGCUGAAGACAUGGAAAUUGACAUUCCUCAUGUGUGGCUCUACCUAGCAGAAUCGAUAACGCCCAUUCUGCAGGAAGGUGGGGUGCCCAUGGGGGAGCUGUUCAGGGAAAUAACAAGACCUCUGAGACCCCUGGGCAAGGCUGCUUCCCUGUUGCUAGAGAUCCUGGCGCUCCUGUGCAAAAGCAUGGGUCCUAAAAAGGUGGGGACGCUGUGGCGAGAGGCUGGACUCACCUGGAAGGAAUUUCUACCUGAAGGCCAGCAUGUCAGUGCCUUUGUCACUGCGCAGAAGGUGGAGUAUACCCUGGGAGAGGAGUCAGAAACCCCGGGCCAGAGGUUGUUCUCCUUUGAGGAGCUGCGCAGGCAGCAGUAA